UUUGCUUGGUAACGACGGCGGUUCAACGUCACAGUUUGGACAUGUCGGGCGCCCGAUGAAGGCGUUAACAAAUUCCUAGUAAUCCAGCAACAGCGUCAACAAUGUUUUCCCGGACCGCGAAAUCCAUCGUGAAGACCAUCGGCCAGCGGAAAUAUCACGCAGGCGAAGAAAACAUUAAGGUGACGUUGAUGGGCGGCGCAGGCGAAAUCGGCCGAUCUCUGUCGCAGAUGAUGAAACAGACCUCGAGGCUCGACCCGAUCUCUUUGUACAACGCGGCCUCCUCGAGCAAACGACUCCCGAUCAGAUUUCACACCGUUCCCGAAGCCGAGCCACCGAAACACAUCAACUCUUGGAUGCUGACCAUGCUGGAGAAUACAAGGACGUUGCCUAAAUACCAGCCGAUCAGAGAACCGAUCGACUAUUUGACUACCGGCCCGUCGAACACCGCCAGGAACGAAACCGACGAGCUGGUCGAGGUUCUACGCCGACUCCCGAUCGCAGAGGAGGCCGCGGCGGAUCUUCCGAGCAAAUCGUCGGCGAUCGUGUCGCAGGGGGGCAGCGCGUGCGUGGCCGGCGAGCUGCGGGGUCCCCGGGUCCUCGGCGAGAUGGGGCCCGAAACGAUCCGGCAGGACGGUCGGAUCGUCACCGAGAUCUAUAAGCAGCUGCCGGAGCUCGCGGACCGGCUUGGCCGCGACCGCGCGAAACGCGGCGGCAGCCGGCCGGCGCUGCGGCAGCUGUCGACGCUCGCGUUGUCGGGGAACGCGGCGCGGCCCGCGACGGGCCCCCGGAAGCAGGACACCGUCGAUCUCGACGGGACCGUCUCGACGGUUCAGCGGGUCGCAAGAACGAGCGAGAAAUCCGACCGGAAGCGACGCAAGGACGAGAGGAAGCCGAGCAACGCGGCCGUUCUGACCGCCGCGGAAAAGCGUGCUCCGACCGACGCGGAGGAUCGCGCCGCGAUCGACAAGAGGGGACCGCGAUCCAGGAAGCCGAAAGAAGCCAGAGGACCAGUGGAAGCUUCCUCGAGCACCAAGAAGCGCGGGAAAUCGCGGAACUGGACGAUACCUGCCGCGCUUUCGGACAAAAAGCCGAAGCUGCUGUACGGUUUGGUGCAGCAGAGACGCGCGCCGAUCGCCUGGUUCUUCUCCGAUCUCUUCCAGAGCCGGAAGAACGACGCGCCGAACGACUCGCCGAAUUUCAAGCAGCCGACCAGAGGCAAGAAGCUCGGUCCGACGCGGGAUUCGACGGAGGUCGGGCGAGACUCGCCGGCGAAGGCCGGAUGCGGCAGACAGGAGAUCUCCACUUCCGUGACGGAUCUGACGGGCGACUAUGCCGCGGGACUCGACGUCCCGAAGGCGGAAGGGAUUACGAACGUUGCGGAGAAGCCGGAGGAAACGAUCGACGUCUCUGCGAUCGAGGAUUUCGGCAGCGCGAGCAGAACGGCCGCGCCGAGCUCGAGCAUCGAGACGGUCAGCGAGCUGAGCGGGCCGUCGAGACCGCUCGGAACCGUCUCCUCGAAGCUGGCGCUGUUCCUCGAGAACCUGAGUAUCAACAGGCGGCGGUCCUGCUCCCUGAGCAGCUUGACAUCGUACCAUCUGGACUCGUUGUUCGCCGGCGAGGCCGCCGCGCCGAUCUGCGACCGGCUCGGAUCGGUUCGUUUCUCGUCGAAGAGCGGCGCCGCGAAGUCGAACUGGCCGAAGAUCGCCGGGAUAGAGAAGAAGAGGGAGGACGGGGGCAAGAGGACCGAGCUGAAGAAGGCCGGCGGGGACGGUGGGACGGUGGGAAGUUGCGGCGGGAAGACGAAGAGCGGUCUAUACGGCGAGCCUUGCAAGAAGCUCGAGGCGGAAUGCGGUCAAACAGGCGACGCGUGCAAGAAGUUCAAGAAGGAGGAGCUGUACGGGAAGGACUGCAAGGCGGCCGAGGAUCCCUGCAAGGGGAUCCGGGACGAGAAGUUGUACGGGAAACGGUGCAGGGACUUCGAGGACUCGUUCGGGCCCGAGGAUCCUCUGGAGAAGCUGUGGAAGGAGGAGCUCUACGGGAAGCGGUGCAAGGAGAAGAAGAGCACCGCCUGCGGGAACGCGAAGUGCGGCAAGAAGUCGGAUCCCUGCGGCGGGGACAAGAAGCCGGAACCUUGCGGCGGCGGAAAAAAGCACGAUCCUUGCGGCAUCGGCGAGAAGCCGGAUCCUUGCGGCGGCGACAAGAAGCCGGACCCUUGCGGGAUAAAGAAGCCAGAGCCUUGCGGCGGCAAGAAGGACUCCGAUCCUUGCGGCGGCAAGAAGAAGGAUCCUUGCGGCCAGAAGCCGGAUCCUUGCGGCAAAAAGCCCGAUCCUUGUGGCAAGAAGAAGGAAGAUCCUUGCGGCAAAAAGCCCGAUCCUUGCGGCAAGAAGAAGGAAGAUCCUUGCGGUAAAAAACCGGAUCCUUGCGGGAAGAAAAAGGAUCCGUGCGGCCAGAAGCCGGAUCCUUGCGGCAAGAAGGAGGACCCCUGCGGGAAGAAAAAGGAAGACCCCUGCGGCAAAAAGCCGGAUCCUUGCGGCAAGAAGAAGGACCCCUGCGGCAAGAAGAAGCAGGAUCGCUGCGGCAAGAAGAAGCAAGAUCGCUGCGGCAAGAAGAAGCAGGAUCCCUGCGGCAAGAAGAUGAUGACGCCGUCCGAGAAGAAGAAGCCCGCCGAGAAGAAGGUGCCCCCUCCCGUCAUCAAGAAGGAGAAGAAGGACGACAAGGCGUGCCCGCCGGUGUUCCGGGCGCCCGCAGGGUGCCCGAACGACGAUAAAGGAGGCGGCAAGAAAUUCUCGACCGACUCGAGGAUCCACGCGCGUAGCAUUUCCUCCUACAAAACGAUUCGGGACACGCUGAGCGAGCUCCCGUGGAUCAUAGAUCGAUCCUCGAUGCCCGAGCUACGGCCUAGGAUAGAAUCUCGAUGGUCCCGUCCGUUCGACUGGAUCGUCGUCGACAGUUAAAUUGUUGUGUUCGUUCGUACCGAGUAAUUGAAACAAGAUGGAUAGAAUAUGUUUCGUCUCUGGACACUUUCGUCUCCGCGUCAAUAAACGUGAUCGCACCGA